AUGGCGGAUCCUUUAGAUCCCUUGUUGAAGCCCGGUAACCCGCGAGCUCCCGAAGACGAAACAUCCGGAAAUACGUAUAAACGAAAGAGAGUCGAUGUUACGGAACAACAAUUUGAUACGGCCUUUCAGAAAUUUAUGGAAGGCAACUCUACGAUGGACGUCGAGGAACAAACUACGAGCCGACGAAGGAAUUCACUUCCCGACGGGCAGAGGGGUGAGAAGACUAAUAAGGGAACCCUGGCUGGAAAAAUGAAAAAAGUGGCUGAGGAGCGCAGCAAGUUUAACUUCGAUAUCGUAGCCUUACAGGAAGUAAGGUGGAAGGAUGCCGGGAAAAUAAAGAGGAAGGAGUUCGCGAUCUACUACAGCGGAACCCCAAAUAAGGCUGGUCAGAAAGGAACAGGUUUCUGGGUAAAUAAGGAUAUGAAAAACAAGAUCUUGGGAUUUGAGCCAAUGAUUAAAAAAGCGACUCCACGAUGUGGAGUCGCUCUAGAAAAUGUGUCAAAAAUGAAACACCCAUAUAUGCCCACGGAGGAUAGUGAGGAGGAGGAAACGGAGCUAUUUUAUCAUAUGCUAGAAAGAACCUGCGAGAGCAUAAAUAAAUACGACACAUUGGUAUUACUGGAAGAUUUUAAUGCUAAAAUAGGGAAAGAGGAUUUUGUAAGGACAGUCACGGACAUGCAUUCUCUGCAUGACGAAACAUCUUCUAAUGGACUUAGGCUGUGUCAGCUGGCGGAGAGUACAGCUUUAAGAAUAAUGAGCACAUCCUUUCCUCAUAAAGAUAUACACAAGGGAACCUGGAGGGCACCGGAUGGAAGAACGACAAAUCAAAUAGAUCAUGUUCUCGUAAACAGAAGAAGAAGAUCUAGCAUUCUUGAUGUCAGAGUGUGCAGACAUGCAAACUGUGAUAGUGACCAUUACCUUGUAAAGGUCAAGGUAAGGCAGAAAAUAUUCGGCUCCAAUAAAGAUAAAAGGAAGAAGAGACUAAAAUGGGACGUAGGGCGACUAAAAGUUGAAAAAGUAGUAGGGGAUACUUUUAGGAAGAAAAUAAAUGAGGAGUCCCAAAGUGGAGAGGACAUAAAACGGACAUGGGAAGCCAUAAGGGAAGCAAUCACUAAAGCCGCGAAAUUAGCUAUCGGAGAAAAACAGCGCGGUCGUAAUGAGGAAUGGUUCGAUCAAGAGUGCAGAAAUGCGAUAAAGGCUAAAAAUGAAGCAAGGAGAGCGGCGCUACAAAGAAAUACCAGAGGAGCACGAAGAGCCUAUAAAGAGGAAAGAAGAAUAGCGAAAAAGCUUUGCAGACUUAAGAAGAAGGAAGCGAUGAAUAAAAAACUGAAGGAAAUCAAUGAACUGCAUGAAAAGCGUAAUAUCCGUGGAAUGUAUGAGAUGACUAGAUAG